CCUGGAAUCCAAUUUCCAUUUAUACCUAUUGGCUAUUUAAGUUUCACUCUUCCUUCCACGGGCAAAUUUCAUAUAAUCUUAGGGUUUCUCUGUAAAGCAUGAGCUUCACCCAAUUCGAUGGCAGUGCGGCCUUCUCUGGCGGUGGGUUCAUGCCCCCUCAGGCCACCCACACAGGCACCGACACCACUUUCUCUUCCACCAGGAAUCGUGACAUCCAGACAUUGCUUCCACUGACAGUGAAGCAGAUAACUGAUGCUUGUGUCUCAGCAGUUGAUAAAUCAGAAUUUGUUAUUGACAGUGUCGACGUGAAUAAUGUUACACUUGUUGGGAUGGUACGUGAAAAAAUUGGAAGAAUUACAGAUGUUGCUUUCUUUCUUGACGACGGAACUGGAAGGAUGGAGUGUAACAAGUGGUUUCAUGAAGCAAAAGACGCAAAUGAAAUGGAAAGAAUCUUGGAUGGAAUGUAUGUCCGGAUUCAUGGACGCUUGAAGAGCUUUCAGGGUAAGAAGACCCUAAAUGUCUUCUCUAUUAGAAGGAGCUUCAUAGAGGUUACAAGGUUUCUUGUGAUACAGUACAGGCCUGUGAGUGACUAUAAUGAGAUUGCCAGCCACUUCAUUGAGUGCAUCUAUGUCCAUUUAUACAACAGCAGAUUACGGAAACCACCUGCUGAUUUUGGUGUCACAGCGCAACCACAUAUGACAUUUCCAACAAAUCAGUUAUCUGGCCAAUAUAGCUUCGAUGGACAGAGUAGCAUUGAAGUAAAGGUCUUAGAAAUUUUGAGCCACCCUUCAUACCUUGGAAGGGAAGAGGGGGCGCACCUUGAGGAUAUAGCACGACAACUGAAAAUUCCAGUGAAUGAUCUCAUGUUAGCUAUUGACAAUCUUGUACAGGAAGGCAAAGUUUACUCAACAGUUGAUGACUUUCACUACAAAUCAACUGCGAAUGCUUGAGUUGGCUCAAUACGACAGUUUUAGCCGCAAUUAGGUUGCGCUCUUUUACGUUAUUCUGUGAAGCCUUGAUGGUACAACUAGAAAUGCGAGAUAUACAGAGGAUUGCAUGUUGAAGUAGCUAUCAGCACUUUGCCUUUUGUUCUUAGAGUCCAAGUAUCUUGAACUGAAGAAACCUACUAACAAGGGGGGAAUUCGUUUUCCACCUGGGCAGUAUAUUCUAUUCUCGUUUGCAUUGAUUGUCCAAUUCCUCUACUAGAUUUGCACGAGGUCGCGCAGUAUACGAACACUUGGAUGCUUUGGUUGGUUGAGUUCGAGCUCAUUUCAAGCUUCAUAAAACUCAUUAAGUUUUACCUCGGGCAUAAACUAAGCCCUCAUACGGUUGGAGGAACGCCACCUCUAGUUUGUUCAGAUUACAUUACGCGGUUAAAUUGUUUGUUUUGACUAUUCCAAAUUAGAAGAAAAUGAAAAGAAAAAAGCCAAGUAAAUUUCAAAAUUUCA